AUUUUGAGGGCAUGUAAUUAUAUACCAGCUGAGUUUGACCACUGCAUGUCUCCAAAUAAAACCAAGGGGUUUGUCAGUGUGACGUAAAAUGUUUGUUACUUAAUAGCUGAUCAUGAUUGAAUUAAAUCAGCAUUGUUUGUGAUUGUUUGAAGUUGAUUCUUAACUUUUCUUUCGUCACAGAGACCUUUCUUUCCACCAUUAAUUGAAAAUAGGAAGAGGAAGUAAAGCGAGAGCACGAUUGCAUUCACAAGGUCAUCAUAGCCUGACAUGCCUGUGUUUCCACUGCUGCUAUGGAGCACGUAACUGCUAGUGAGGAACUGUCCGCUACACUGAUGUACCACGUGGAACGCCCUGUGCUCAAUGAAGGCUAUAUUGACUCCGAGCUUCUGCAUAGGAAGAAGAGGACACCCAAGUCCUUUCAACAGAGAAUAGCUGAACAUCUCCGGUGUUCAUCUGAGAAAGCCAAAUCUGUUGUGUUUGGUUUUCUUCCCAUUUUAACAUGGCUGCCAUCAUAUCCACUAAAGCAAUACCUGUUCGGAGACAUCGUUUCUGGCAUCAGCACAGGAGUAAUGCAGCUACCUCAAGGUCUUGCUUAUGCGAUGCUGGCAGCUGUUCCUCCAGUGUUUGGUUUAUAUUCAUCGUUUUAUCCUGUGCUAUUAUACACAUUCUUUGGUACCUCCAAACAUAUAUCAAUAGGUACUUUUGCAGUAAUCAGUCUGAUGAUUGGCGGGGUUGCUGUAAGGGAGGCUCCGGACUCCAUGUUUGCAGUCAAUGGGACCAAUGCAUCACAGAUUGUGGAUUUUGAGGCUCGUGAUGCCAGAAGAGUGGAGGUGGUUGUAGCUUUGACAACCCUAGUAGGAAUCAUACAGUUUGUUCUGGGUCUGCUGAGAUUCGGCUUCCUGGCGAUUUACCUGACUGAGCCGCUGGUGCGAGGUUUCACCACGGCUGCCGCUGUGCACGUCUCAGUGUCGCAGAUCAAGUACCUGCUGGGAGUGCACACUGCACGCUUCAAUGGGCCUCUCUCUGUAGUGUAUAGUCUUGAUGCUGUCUUCAGGAACAUUGCAAGCACUAAUGUUGUCACACUAAUUAUUGGACUGGUGUGUACAGUGUUCCUGUACUUCAUCAAAGAUCUCAACGAACGCUUCAAAAAGAAGCUACCUAUCCCCAUCCCUGGAGAAAUUAUAGUGGUAAUUGUGUCCACUGGAAUCUCAUAUGGGAUGGUUAUGUCUGAAAACUAUGGAGUCGAAGUUGUGGGUAAAAUUCCCACUGGGUUGCUGCCACCCAAGAUUCCAGACUUCUCGGUCUUUCCUGGCCUCUUCCCAGAUGCCUUCGCUAUAGCUGUUGUUGGCUUCUCGAUUGCAAUAUCAUUAGCCAAGAUCUUUGCUCUUAAGCAUGGCUACAGUGUGGACGGAAAUCAGGAGCUCAUCGCCCUGGGACUUUGUAAUUUUAUGAGUUCAUUCUUUCACACGUUUGCCGUUACCGCCUCAAUGUCUCGCAGCCUGGUACAGGAGAGCACUGGAGGACAUACUGAAAUUGCAGGACUCUUGGCGUCUCUACUUGUGCUACUGGUGGUGGUGGCCAUUGGAUUUGUCUUUCAGCCAUUACCUACAACAGUGUUGGCUGCUAUCAUCAUGGUCAACCUCCUGGGGAUGUUUAAGCAAAUGAAAGACAUUCCUGCAUUAUGGAGAACCAGCAAGAUUGAACUGGCAAUUUGGCUGGUGUCCUUUUUCGCAUCAGUUCUUCUGGGUCUGGAUUAUGGUCUGGUGGUUGCCAUGGGCUUUGCCAUACUCACAGUUAUUUACAGAACACAGUGCCCUAAAAAUGCUCUUCUUGGACAAAUCCCAGAUACAGGACUGUACUUUGACGUGGAUGAGUAUGAAGAGGCUGAGGAAUGCACAGGGAUUAAGAUUUUUCAGUCCAAUACUUCCAUAUACUUUGCAAACAGUGACCUGUACGUCAGUGCCCUCAAGGCAAAGACUGGAAUUGACCCUGCAAAACUGCUAGCUGCCAGGAAAUCACAGCUAAAAUAUGCGAAAAGAGACAACGGGGAGAGGAAGGCUGUAAACCACUGCUCCGCAGUAAAGAAAAAUGCAGUUGUCUUAUUGGUAUGA